AUGCCGAGCCCGUCCGCAAGGAGAGCCCAAAAACACAUGCCAGCAAGCAGCGGGAGGGAUGGAGUAUGUCAACCCGAAGAUCCAGCCCUUAAAAGUCACCCCCGCCGUGUUGAAAAAGACGGAAAUGUGGACCGCCCCUGCAUCAACGGGGACCGGGUGGUCAGGAGGAGCUGCAGGUCCAAAAGUAACAGAUUUGAAAGUUUGAACCAGAGCUUGCUCUUUGAUCAGCUGGUGAACAGCACUGCAGAGGCCGUCCUCCAAGAAAUGGACAACAUCAACAUCCGGAGGGGCAGUAAAUCCAAAGAGGUGGAGCGGCUGCGUAUGUGGACAGACACGGAAUUUGAGAACAUGGACAUGUAUUCCCGCGUUAAGAGGAGGAGGAAAAGCCUGCGUAGAAGCAGUUAUCCAAUCAAAACCCGGCAUGAGGAAUCCUCUGAAGGAGAAGAGGAGGAAGAAGAGGAGGAAGAGGUUUCAGAGGAAUCCCAAGAAGGCGAAGACUGUGAUGAAGAAGUUGAGGUAGAGGGUAUGGAGAACGAUCGACCAUACAACCUCAGGCAGAGGAAAACGGUGGAUAGGUAUCAAGCACCUCCUAUUGAGCCAGCACAUCAAAAAAAGCGACAAAGCACUUUGUUUGAUACGCACAGAUCUCCUGCAAGAAGAAGCCAUAUUCGAAGGAAGAAGCAUGCAAUUCACAGCAGUGACACCACUUCCUCCUCAGAUGAAGAACGGUUUGAGAGGAGAAAGUCCAAGAGCAUGACCAAAGCCAGGAACCGGUGUCUCCCCAUGAAUCUUACAGCUGUGGAUCUCGCUGGUGGUAUCGUGCGAGAAAGGGUUAAAGUUGGUGCCAGCCUGGCUGAUGUGGAUCCAAUGAACUUGGAUCGAUCGAUUCGGUUUGAUAGUGUCGGAGGACUGAGCCAGCACAUUUAUGCAUUGAAAGAAAUGGUGGUUUUUCCACUCUUGUAUCCAGAGAUCUUUGAGAAGUUCAAAAUCCAGCCACCCAGGGGAUGUUUAUUUUACGGUUCUCCUGGAACGGGGAAAACCUUGGUGGCACGAGCUCUGGCCAAUGAAUGCAGCCAGGGUGACCGGAAGGUUUCUUUCUUCAUGCGCAAAGGAGCCGACUGCCUCAGCAAGUGGGUUGGAGAGUCAGAGCGUCAACUGCGACUUCUGUUUGAUCAAGCGUAUGUGAUGAGGCCUUCUAUAAUAUUUUUUGAUGAAAUAGAUGGUCUGGCUCCAGUUCGCUCUAGCAGGCAGGAUCAGAUCCAUAGCUCUAUAGUCUCCACUCUGCUUGCACUCAUGGAUGGGUUGGAUAAUCGAGGUGAAAUCAUAGUAAUUGGUGCUACCAACCGACUUGAUUCAAUAGAUCCAGCACUCAGGAGACCUGGUCGCUUUGACAGGGAAUUUCUUUUCAGUUUACCUGAUCAGAAGGCAAGAAAGCACAUUUUACAAAUACAUACCAGGGACUGGAAUCCCAAAUUGUCUGACGGGUUCCUCGAGGAACUAGCAGAAAAAUGUGUUGGCUACUGUGGAGCUGACAUUAAAGCACUUUGCACUGAGGCUGCCUUGAUUGCCCUUCGACGGCGCUACCCUCAGAUCUAUGCCAGCAGUCAAAAGCUGCAGCUGGACAUCUCUUCAGUUGUUCUUGGUGCCCAGGACUUUUUCCAUGCAAUGAAAAACAUUGUGCCUGCUUCUCAACGUGCUGUGAUGUCUCCAGGUCAGGCCUUGUCCCCGGUUAUCAGGCCGCUAUUGCAGAGGACGUUCUGUGAUGUGCUCCGUGUCUUACACAAUGUGUUUCCUCACUCUGAGUUCAGCAGAGACCACAGGAAGGAUGAUGAUGUGAGAUUUCUUUUGGAUGAUAGUGAAGAUGAGAAUCCAGUGUCAAUAUUUGAUGUGAGUUGUGUCUCAGGAUCACCAAAGAAGCAACCAGCUGCUCCCCACAAGCCCUUUCUCCAUUUUACAACAUCAGCUUGUCACCAGCCGACCUCCUACCGGCCCAGGCUGCUCCUCUCAGGGGAGCCCGGCUCAGGCCAAACCUCGCACCUUGCUCCAGCUGUCUUGCACAGGCUUGAAAAAUUCUCAGUGCAUCGAUUGGACCUACCGGCACUUUACUCAGUCAGUGCAAAGACUCCUGAGGAAUCAUGUGCACAGGUGUUCCGGGAAGCUCGGAGAACAGUACCCAGUGUUGUUUACAUGCCUCAUGUCGGGGAAUGGUGGGAGGCUGUCAGUGAAACUGUGAGGGCUACCUUUCUGACACUCCUGCAAGAUAUCCCUUCCUUCUCUCCCAUACUAUUACUGUCUACCUCUGAAACGGUGUACGGGGAGCUGCCUGAGGAGGUGAAGUAUGUAUUCAGGCUUCAGCAUGAAGAGGUUUUUACCAUUUGCAGACCUAAUGAAGAAGAUCGUUUUAACUUUUUCCAAGAUUUGAUCCUCAAACAGGCAGCCAUGCCACCUCCAAAAAGGAAGACUGCAGAAAUGCGAUCUUUGGAAGUUCUACCGCUUGCGCCACCUCCUCCCCAACCUCAGUUGUCUGAAGUGGAGAAGCAAAGGAUGGAGGACCACGAAGAGAACACUUUGCGGGAGCUGAGACUGUUCCUCAGGGAUGUUACCAAGCGACUGGCCACUGAUAAACGCUUUAACAUCUUCAGCAAACCGGUGGAUAUUGAAGAGGUCUCAGAUUACUUAGAAGUUAUCCGCGAACCCAUGGACCUUUCCACCAUCAUUACAAAAAUCGACAAGCACCACUACUUGACUGUGCGGGACUUCCUGCUGGACGUGGACCUGAUCUGCAGCAACGCUUUAGAGUACAAUCCCGACAAAGAACCUGGAGAUAAAAUCAUCAGGCACCGCGCCUGCACGCUGAAAGACACCGCGCACGCCAUCAUUGCUGCGGAACUGGAUCACGAAUUCAACAAACUGUGUGAGGAGAUUAAAGAAUCCAGAACCAAGCGAGGUUUGUUAGUGACUUCAGCGCAAGUAAAUCCUCAAAGUUCCGUGAGACGGAAGGCAGAUACCAGGACAAAGAAAGCGUUGCGGCGCAAGCACGGGAUAGCACUGGAUGCUGGGAACCACUCUGGAACCAAAUUUGCUUUACCGGUUCGCCGGAAGCAACGCCGCCGCUCGCAGUGGGGCCGUGGGAUAAUUAAGAAGAAGAAACCGAACUGUUAUUUAAAGAAAGACGAGGAAGAGUCUAAGUCCCGAGAUGCGGACAACGAUGACCCCUUAGAAAACGGUGUUUGCCUGGAGGAAAACGGAGAGGAGACAGGAGACCAAUAUGUGACAAAUGACGAGUCCUCUUGUGAUGUGACCGAUGGAGACGUGGAGGACCGGAACGGGAUACUUGGUAAGGGCAGCAGUUUGGAAUCCACAGAGGAAGAAAGCUCCAAUGAAUCCAUGUUGGUCAAUAGCAACUCAGCACUGCAAGACAGAACAAUUACUGCCAACAACCCACCUCUUGCCACAGACUAUUUAAACGGAAACUCUUCAUUGGAAAGCUUAGAAAGCACAUCAUCUGCUUUGCAAAAUGGGAAUAGUAAAUCUAACUCUCUUGUAACCACAGACCAAGACUCUGAGCCUCAAUGCCUCUCAAGUAUUGAUAUAGUUAACUGUCACAACUCUGCAAGUCAGUCUAGUGAUGAGGCAUCACAGCCGAUACAAACAGCUGGUCAACGUAACAAGCACGAUGACAUGGAGAUAGAGGAUGAGUCAGAAGGUGAUCCAGGCAGCAAAAUACACAAGGACCAUUAUUUGGAUGAGAACCUUGUCCCAGAGCCACCUUUGGUUGUUGACCACAAAAAACUAAAGAAACUGCUUAAUACUGUGGUAAAGAAAAGCACCAAUCUGACGGUGGAUGGAUUGGAGAGGUGGUACUCUGUUCUCAGCCAAUGUAUCUACAUCCACAGGAUGGACUACGACAAAACUGCUCUAGUGGAGGAGAUGGAAAGAACAGUUAAGAAGUUUUAAACAUUCCUGUGAACGUUGCCAAAACUGCAACAAUUUUUUUUUUUUUUCUUUUCCUGUGACUCUUCAUGGGGAGAGCCCUUUCAGCGAUUUAUAUUUAUUUUUAACGGCACCAAGUCUGCUCUGAACCUUGCUCUCCAGUGUUCAACCUCUCACCAUCUGCUGUUCAACAAGAUUGGUGCUAUCGUCUCAGGUACUUGAUGCCAACCAGCCUACUAGAACCAAACAGAACUUCGUAACCCCCUGGUGGACACGAACACAACAACUACAGCUUGAAGAUUUGCGGUGCUAAUGGCGAGUGGAUGGGAAGUCCACCAAUCUGUGUCUCUCUUCAAAUGCCAGAAAGCCAUCCGCACCAGUCAUUCCCUUCUCACCAUGGGGAGU